CAGACAUAACACCGGUUUUCUGAAGGACAGACAGAGGUUCAUCCACGGCAUCGCUACUUCUCUCCGACACAACGAAUUUAAUAACAAACCACAUUAACCCGGGACAUGGGCUUCGACAUAAAGCGCUCUAUAUGAUCACAUUUUGGUGAGCCAGACAGAUUGAAGCACAACAUGUCAGGGUUAAAAUGUCACAUGUCACUGCCCAUGACAGUGGGUGCCCUGUUGGUGGGUCUCCCAUACUCCAUCUCUCUAGCUGCCCAGUGGAUUUACGGAUGGCCCAAUAAGCCUGGAUAUAAGAAGUACAUAGAAGCUCUAAAACCAAGGCGAAUAUACUGUUUGACCAGAGCUGUGCUGGAAACUCUCAAAUAUCUGCAGUAUGGGAGACUUUACUUUCAGUGGAAGUCAUGGUACAAGAAUGACGAAAACCGUAAGCAUUAUGAGAAGGCGAUCACAUUUGGCCGCCGAGGCAACAAGCUAGACUUGUACCACCCUCCAAACAUGGAGAAGAAGGAAGAUGCGCCUGCACCACUGGUGGUUUUCAUCUAUGGCGGUGCAUGGGGCUCUGGAGAAAGAUCCAUUUACUGUCUGCUGGCCAGGCAAAUGGCUGAAGAGCUGGGUGCAGCCGUCGUUUGUCCUGAUUACUGCACCUAUCCGAAGGGGAACGUUUUAGGGAUGGUCCAAGAUAUUGCUGACUGCUUGGUUUGGGCCCAAGAGAGUGGACAGAAGUUCAACUUUGACAAAGACAACAUUGUGUUAAUUGGCCAUUCAGCAGGUGCACAUUUGUGUGCUUUGACCACGCUGUUUCUCAUUGACACGAGAGAGGAGCUUUUCAUAGAGGCCAGUAAACAGCGGGACAUUACCCAGGCGACAAAGGGAGUUAUUGGUCUGAGUGGUGUCUACAACAUCAUGGACCAUUAUGAGCAUGAGCAAAAGCGAGCAGUUGAGUACGUGUCCACCAUGCACAAAGCCAUGAAUGGAGUGGAAAACUUUCCGUACUAUUCACCAACACAUUUACUGGAGAAACUCAGCCAGGACAAACUGAACAGAGUGCCUCCGUUCGCUUUGCUCCAUGGGACCACUGACAUCAUCGUUCCUGUUGAAUCUUCCACAAAGUUCUCUGAGCUUCUCAACUCGCUCUCCGUGAAGGUGUCGCUUUACCUGCUGCCAAGAGUCGACCACACGGAGAUCGUCACUGACCUCAUGGCGUCAGACAGGCGCUUCUACCAUCCCAUCUACAGCUGCAUCAAACAGGAGUUCAGAAAACUUCUGGAAACCUGCUGACAUCCCAGUCAUCAGGACAACAUCAGUCACUUCCAUAUUUACUGAUUGUGCCAUACACUUACUUUGUUUACAGUAUCUGCUCUAAUACCUCAAAACAAAUAAUUUCCAUGAUUUAACUUGAUUCAUUUGUGUUGUGAUUCCAUGAUAAUGAUGUACAUUUUGACCAGCUCUCUGAUUAUAUUUGAAGUGAUUGGACUGUGGUCUGGAUAACAGAUUGCAGUACAGUGAAUUAAGUGAAUCUGAAGCGAAAUCAACAAUGAAGCAAUAACAGUACUAUGAAAAACAUAGAAAAGCACACCACUACACAGUAUUGAAAUUAUGUUUUACUGAAGUGGCAACAUUUUGAUUCAUAAUCCUGUUUGUUUUUUAUCAAAUGAAACAUUUCCGUGAUGCACUGUAACAACAGACAUAUUAAACCUACUUGAAGGAACCUUUUGUUUUGCCUUCAGAUCUCUCAGACACACACAUCACGCAAACUAUCACAUUUUGUGCCAAGCAGCAACAAUCAAGUACCAGUAUAAAAACAAUCAACAAAAUUCUUAUUGCUCCAAAAUGUAUGUUUAACUGCUUUGGGUACUGCUGCAUGGACUGGGCCAUAGUUGGAGAUUAUGAUAUUCAUAAUUUUCCUGAGAGAUUGUAUUGUAUUAUUGCUGCUCUCCAGCUUAUUAAGGUAAGCCUGGAUCUUUUUAUGUGAGCUAUACGUACUGUACCAUAGAAUAUAUAUAGAAGCAUAUAAUUUGCCUCUAUUGAAAGUGUCCCUCUACCUUUAUCAUUACCACCAUCGUUUUUUUCCAAAGGGUGAGGGCCUGCCAUAGAGAUGCAGGAGAACAUUUAUCCUAUUAAAAAUUAGCAAUGCUCUUUGGUAACACUUUACUUCAAGUUCCCCUGUUUAGCAUUUAGAAGUGGUAUAUGAACAUUUAAUAAAUAGUUUAUAACAAAUUAUAAUAUAGCAGCUAUUUUAAGUGUUUAUCAAUGUACAGUAUUUGUCAACAAUUAUAACUCCUCCAAUGAAGACAUAUUUUGUAUUAUUCCAACUGUGUUUUACUAUAUUGUCAUUCAUCUGUUUAUACAGCAGCU